AUGAGAUCGCUCGUCAUCUUGCUAUCCGCGGUGGUUCUCGUGAACUCGUUGAGGUUCUACGUGCCGCCAAAAGAGAAAAAGUGUUUGAAAGAGGAAAUUCAUAAGAACGUCGUUGUCACCGGAGAGUACGAGUUCAGCGCCGGAAUUCAAUAUACUGGAAGUAUUCAUGUCACCGACACCCGUGGCCACACUCUCUACAAGCGUGAGAAUUUCGCCGAUUUGAAGGGAAAAUUCGCGUUCACCGCCGACGAGUACGACAUCUUCGAGAUUUGCGUUGAGAAUCAUCCACCGGCCGGCCAUCCCGGCGAGAAACGCGAGGUCUCUCUGAUUCUGAAGCACGGAGUUGAGGCGAAGAACUACGAUGACAUCGCCAAGGCGGAGAAACUGAAGCCAUUGGAGGUUGAGUUGAGAAGAUUGGAGGAUUUGGCCGACUCGAUCACUAAGGAUUUCGCUUUUAUGCGGCAGAGAGAGGAGGAAAUGAGAAAUACCAAUGAAUCGACAAACAGCCGUGUCCUCUACCUGUCGGUCUUCUCGAUGCUCUGCCUUCUUGGUCUCGCGCUCUGGCAGGUCCUCUUCCUCCGUAAUUAUUUCAAGUCGAAGAAGCUCAUCGACUAA